CACACAGCAGCUGGCUACACGCGCGAGAAAAUCGCGAGCCAAUAUUCAUGCGGUAGAUAAUUCAUAAUUGCUGGACCCUCCAGUGACCACACACCAUUGUAGACCAAGCAAUCAUAGCCACCUUCUUCUUCAAAGCUGUAUCCAUUAUUCUGAAUCGCAAAACCAGAGACAAAUCCUAUUCACAAAGCAAAGAAAGGAAGCCAGAAAGCAAAAAGGCAAGAAGCUUCUCUUUCAGAUUUGCUGUAACAGCAAAAGCACUUCUCUUUGGGCAAGUCAGCGAGCUAAGCGAUGGCCCUGAUUCGUCUUCUUUGAUCAUUAGGCAUCUCAUUGCAUUAGUAACCAGAAUUGAUGUCAUUGAAGAUGGAACUGAUUUUCAUUGUUUUGAUAUUGGCUUGUUUGCUGUCUCUUGCAUUGCCUGAUCCUCAAGGUGAUGCCUUGUUUGCAUUAAAGACUUCAUUGAAUGCUUCACCUGUUCAGCUCACAGAUUGGAACCAAAAUCAAGUUAACCCUUGCACUUGGUCCAAUGUUCAGUGUGACCCUAAUAACAAUGUUACUCGUGUAACAUUGUCAUCAAUGGGAUUUACUGGAACCUUGUCCCCAAAAAUAGGAAUUUUAAAAACUCUUCUGGCUCUUACAUUGCCAGGAAAUGGCAUAACUGGUGAGAUUCCAGAAGAGUUUGGAAAUCUAACGAGUUUGACCAAUUUGGAUUUGUCAAAUAAUAGUUUAACUGGUGAUAUACCAUCUUCUCUUGGUAAACUUAAAAAGCUUCAGUUCUUGACUUUGAGUCAAAACAAUCUCACUGGGACCCUUCCUACGUCACUUUCAAGUAUUCCAAGCUUGAUCAGUCUUCUGCUAAAUUCGAACAAUCUCAGUGGUCAGGUUCCUGUGCAUUUAUUCCAAGUUCCAAAAUACAACUUUACAGGAAACAGAUUGAACUGUGGCAACACUUUGCCUCAACAUUGUGAAUCUAAAAAUCAAGAUUCAGGUGCUUCGAGUAAGCCAAAGAUUGGAGUUAUUCUUGGAGUUAUUGGAGGGUGUAUUGUUAUUCUUCUUCUUGGUGCCUUGUUGUUUAUUAUGUAUAAGCAUAGACACAAAGGCGACAAGCGUGAAGUUUAUGUAGAUGUUGCAGGUGAAGUUGACCGAAGAAUUGCAUUUGGUCAACUGAAAAGAUUUUCAUGGAGGGAAUUACAGCUAGCUACAGAAAACUUCAGCGAGAAAAAUGUUUUAGGACAGGGAGGUUUUGGAAAAGUUUAUAAAGGGGUUCUUACUGAUGGCACAAAAGUUGCUGUGAAACGGUUAACUGACUAUGAGAGUCCUGGGGGAGAUGCAGCUUUCCAGCGUGAAGUUGAGAUGAUAAGUGUAGCUGUUCACCGGAAUCUUUUACGGCUGAUUGGGUUUUGCACAACUCCUACAGAACGCCUUUUAGUCUAUCCCUUCAUGCAGAACUUAAGUGUUGCCUAUCGUCUACGAGAACUUAAACCUGGGGAAUCUGUUUUAAUUUGGCCUACAAGAAAACGAAUUGCUUUAGGCACAGCUCGUGGCCUAGAGUACCUUCAUGAACAUUGCAAUCCUAAAAUUAUUCAUCGGGAUGUUAAGGCUGCAAAUGUGUUACUCGAUGAAGAUUUUGAAGCAGUUGUUGGUGAUUUUGGCCUGGCAAAAUUGGUUGAUGUGAGAAAGACUAACGUGACAACUCAAGUUCGUGGGACAAUGGGCCACAUAGCACCUGAAUACUUGUCCACUGGGAAGUCAUCAGAAAGGACUGAUGUUUUUGGUUAUGGAAUAAUGCUUUUAGAACUUGUGACCGGUCAAAGGGCAAUUGACUUUUCGCGCUUGGAAGAAGAAGAUGAUGUUUUACUGCUUGACCAUGUCAAGAAGCUAGAAAGGGAGAAGAGACUGGACGCUAUUGUAGAUCUUAAUCUAAAUAAAAAUUACAACAUGCAAGAGGUGGAAAUGAUGAUCCAAGUUGCAUUACUUUGUACCCAAUCAUCACCGGAGGACCGUCCGGCAAUGUCAGAGGUGGUACGGAUGCUCGAAGGAGAGGGACUGGCUGAGAGGUGGGAAGAAUGGCAGCAUGUUGAGGUUAGUCGCAGGCAAGAGUAUGAGAGACUGCAGAGAAGAUUUGACUGGGGAGAAGAUUCGGUGUAUAACCAAGAUGCCAUUGAAUUGUCUGGUGGAAGAUGAGGUAAUGUAUAAGUCUGGGUCCAUUCCCCCUUGGAUUAUAGGCAUGUAUCCAUUUUGGUAGGGUAGCUUAAUGAAUUUUUUUUUUAUGCUUACUUUUAUACCCAAUUGAAAGAAUCAUGGCCUUCAAAUUUGAUCUUUGAUGCUUUGUUGGUUCCUGCCUUUUCCCUUUGUUAUAUAUAUAUAUAUAUAUAUAUAUUUUGUAUUUUCUUGUGUUCAUUUGGGUCUUUGAUCAAACUCAUCAAGACCAUGCAUUUUAUAAGAUGAUACUUUUCUCAUUA